ACGCCAUGCAGCCGCCACCGCCACCCCCACCCUCGGAAAUUCUUGAGAAUACCACCACAGAACACACGGUCACCCACGUCUUGACAUUUGGGAACCGGGUUCGGUUGAUCCGUCGCUGAGCGGAUCUCGGUGUUUUCCAAAUCAGCUGUUAGUCGCCGGUGAAGGGUGACUGGGAGUUUCGUGGGGGGGGGCCCCGUCAGUCGGCUUUCAGACUCGGGGCGGUGCGUUUCGCGUUGUGUUUACCGCGUAUCACGAUCCGUCGUAUCUACGUGUACGCCGUCUACGCCUCGUGUACGUCAAAUAUCGUUUUUCCAUCGUACUUGUGACAUAUCGGUCAAGUGAAAGUGAAACGUGAUAUAUCGACUGGAAGCUUUUUGAAAAGCAAAACCAUAUUCGUAUUACACGCUUACGACCUCUACGCUGUAUAUAGUAGUUACACUAUCGGUUGUUGGUUCGCGCGAUCAACUGUGUGGUGUAAAACGUCAAGAGGUCUGCGUGUUACACGAUUGCGGGGCCGCGUAUCGAACGUGACACGCGAAAAAGACACGCUGCGCCAAGUACAACGUUCCUUUUUACGUCGUACGAUACAUUGGCCAGACAAGCAGCGGUCGUCUCGUGAAACCAUAUGCUCUUGCGAUGUUACGUACCCGGGUACUGCACCUAGUGGAAACUUCCAUGUAUCGAUGAAGGGGAACACUGUGACGUGCCUUGGAAGCGCGGUAAAUAUUUAAAAAUAAAUACCAACGCGAAGCCCCGUGUGCCCUGUAUACACGGGCGAGGCUCGAAAGAGUCGCGGUGUGUCAGUGUGUGUAGUGUGUCUAUCGAAAACAUCGAAGCAACGGAACACGUGGCAGCAGUGGUCACGGCUAAUCAAUCUAUCCACUUUUCCACGCGCUGUCUCUUCCUGAAUCAACGUUACGUUCGAGCAGAUCGCGCCGAUAUUCGCCAAGGUGGCCAAGGCCGAGGCCUGCUCUCCGUACAAGGUAUACCUACACACACUAUAGAACUCGCUCGUGUAAAAGGACCGAACCGCUUGGGGAGGAUACAUUCUUCAUUCGACUGCAGACCGAGAAGGUUGUUCGAGUAGUUUCUUUGAUUCUAUUUGUAAUUGGAACUUUGUUUUCUACGUUUAUUUCUAAGUGCGCGAAAGCAAAAGUAUUCGAGUUUGUACGCUUAUUCGAGAAAAGAACUUUCGUUCGAUUUAAACCGAGGAAGCCGGUUUUUUACAGUCUGGUAGCUACGAUUCAGUGGUAAAAAAUCAUCCUCGAAGAAGAGUCUAUGCAAGAAGAGAUCCAUCGACGCGGAUCAUGCAACGACUUCUUGAUUGACCCGUGGCUGGUCGUGUGCCCUCGUGUUCACUUUGAUAUCGCGAGUUACAUACGAGUUCGGGAGUGAAAUUGUGCCAAAUUAAGUGUGUGAAAAAGUGUAUAAAGUUAUGUCAAACAAUUCUGAUCCAAGGCAGCACGACAUGAAACACCCGGAGCACGAAAGUGGUUAUUACGGAAGCGACUAUUUCGAGGAGGGAAGCGACAUAGAGGUAGUCCCCGUCGAGGAGACGGUUGGCGUCGAUGACAUCGAGGUGGCGGAGGAGGUAGUUGUCCCCCAGGAAUAUACGGAGACCUGUUACGAGUUCACCAACGGCGACUUCGACCACCUCGACGAGGAAAAGUCGGACGAGCCGGUUCCUGAUCAUCCCGAGGACGAAUCAAACAAAGUAAACCUGGCAGACAGCGCAGACCAGAGGGUAGACAUGACGCACUUCGAUCUGUUGAAGGUCCUUGGAACCGGAGCUUACGGAAAAGUGUUCCUGGUGCGUAAGAGAACGGGCGCUGAUGCCGGUCGACUCUACGCCAUGAAAGUCUUAAAGAAAGCGUCGAUCGUACAGAAGAAGAAGACGACCGAGCAUACGAAGACGGAACGACAAGUUCUGGAGGCCGUCCGAGACAGUCCUUUUCUGGUUACGCUGCAUUAUGCCUUUCAAACGGAUGCAAAGCUGCAUCUUAUUUUGGAUUACGUGAGCGGUGGAGAGUUGUUUACGCAUCUCUAUCAGCGAGAACAUUUUACCGAGGACGAAGUGCGAAUCUAUAUCGGUGAAGUUAUUUUGGCGCUAGAACAUUUACACAAGCUGGGUAUAAUUUAUAGAGACAUUAAGCUAGAGAACAUUCUGUUGGACAGAGAGGGUCAUAUCGUGCUAACAGAUUUCGGGCUGAGCAAAGAGUUCCUGCCGCACGAAAGGGACAACAACGCCAGAGCCUACUCCUUUUGCGGAACUAUCGAGUACAUGGCACCGGAAGUGGUACGAGGGGGCUCAGCGGGGCACGAUAUUGCGGUGGACUGGUGGAGCGUAGGCGUACUAACGUACGAGCUGCUAACCGGCGCGUCGCCUUUUACGGUCGAUGGCGAGAAGAACAACCAGCAAGACAUUUCGCGUCGGAUAUUAAAAACAGAACCACCGAUCCCGAGCUACAUGAGUGCAACGAUUCGAGACUUUAUCCUACGUCUUCUCGUGAAAGAUCCGCGACAACGACUCGGCGGAGGUCCAAGAGACGCCGAGGAACUGAAAGAACACGCUUUCUUCAUGGAAGCCCCACCACCAUUUAGCUGGGAAGCUCUAGAAAGACGCGAGAUCACUCCGCCUUUCGUUCCUACAAUUACUCACGAGCUGGACACCAGUAAUUUCUCGGACGAAUUCACAAAAAUGACCGCAACCGACAGUCCGGCCGUGGUUCCGCCCAAUUAUGACAAAAUUUUUAGAGGUUACUCCUACGUGGCACCAUCUAUACCGAACUAUGUAGUUAGUAAAGACACAAUUAAUGAAGCCACUAGUAGCUACACUAAUGAAGCAGCUAGUAGUACACCAUCUGAAAUACCUUCAGCGUCGAACGCGCUGGAUGUGAGAUUGGAUGAGUCCUCGUUCUUACAGACGUACGAAUUAGACUCUCGAGAGGAGGCCUUCUUAGGAGAUGGUAGUUACUCGAUCUGUCGUAAGUGCAGACAUAAGAAAACGUUGAAGGAGUACGCUGUGAAGAUUGUCAGUCGCAGAAACGACUGCGGAGGAGAGAUCAGUUUGCUGAAAACCUGCCAGGGACAUCAAAAUAUAGUCAAAUUAAUCGAAGUCCACGAGGACAAAAGGCAUAUGUAUUUGAUAAUGGAAUUGUUGUCUGGAGGAGAACUGUUGAGGAGACCAAGGCCAUUUAACGAGCAGCAGGCUAGUAAAAUAAUGCGGCAACUUGCCUCUGCGAUCCUUUUUAUGCACUCGAAAGGUGUGGUCCAUCGAGAUCUCAAGCCAGAAAAUAUAGUAUUCGCUAAUGAGAGCGAAGAUUCACCAGUGAAGAUAGUGGACUUCGGUUUUGCCAGAAUAAAACGUGGCUGUGAGCCUCUACAUACUCCCUGUUUCACUCUUCCAUAUGCAGCUCCAGAAGUGAUAGCCGAACAAGGUUAUGACCAGAGCUGUGAUCUUUGGAGUCUGGGCGUUAUAUUGUAUUCCAUACUGUCUGGAAACCCGCCAUUUACGACAGAUUCCCCAGAUUUGGCCACCCUAAUCAGGGCAGGUGAGAUCGAUUUCGAUAGCGAAUCCUGGAGUCACGUGUCUGACCUCGCCAAACAGGUCGUCAAAGGCUUGUUGACUAUAGACCCGAGCAAAAGACUGACAGCCAAUGGCCUGGUAGAUCAUCCUUGGCUAAACGAAUCUAGUUCGGUCGAAGUGACCAGUUCGGUCGAAGUGACCAGUUCGGUCGAAGUGACCAGUUCGGUCGAAGUGACCAGUUCGGUCGAAGCGACCAGUUCGGUCGGAGCGACCAGUUCGGUCGAAGCGACCAGUUCGGUCGAAGCGACCAGUUCGGUCGAUCAAACCGCUACAGAAAAUUUGAAUACGCUAUCAGAGAAACCAGAAGGAUUCCGACUGCGGGAAGUCGAUGGAGCCAGGCUUGCCCAGCGCCGGAAAUUGCACAAGCGUUCUACUUCUAGUUCCGUAUCGUCAUCUGCCUCUACCAUUUCUUACGGUCAGUGUGUUCAACCAUCCAGCACCGCAACUAACCUAAGAACUUCCGCUUCACCAGCGCCACCAAGCGCCUUCGAUUUUAGCGAAGAGAAAGUAAAUCAAUAUCUCAGCUCCUUCUCCUCUUCCUCCGAUUCGAAUUCGCCAAGGAUCGUGCAGCAGGAGUCGUCUGACAAACGUAAACACGACGAGAACGAGGAGACGACCAUGUCGAAAAGGCAUAAAACAUGCACGCAAUAUAAAGAGGAUUGUGAGAACAGGACUGGCCCCGUGACUAGGUCCAGGAAAAGGAAACUAGAGGAGCAGAACGUAAACGAAAACGACGUAGAGUCUUGCGAGACGAAUAAUGUGGACUUUAGGGAGGUCCAUCGGAAACAGAUGUCAGGAGGACGACCCAAGAGGUUCGCCACUAUCAUCCUGGAGUAAAAAUUUACUCCAACUUUUUUUCGUAUCUUCCCUGUGUACAUUCUAAGCAUUUUACGUAAUGUGAUGUCGUUAUCUACCUUCGAAGCUCGAAUCGACUCGGGCAACACACAUUGCGUCAUUCCUAUUUCCGGGACUUCACCCGUGAACUAUUUGAAUCCUGUACGAGUUCGUCAUUUUGCUACAUUUUGACCAUCUUGUUUUUUAUCAUUAACAUAGGGUAUGUUAAAAAAAUUGUUUAGUUUUAUUCUUUGAUUCUUUAGCAUUUUAGAUAAUGUCAAUCGACAUAUUAAGAUUAUGUAGACUGUAUGAGAUAUAACGAUAGAAUUAAAUCGUAUAACCCAAUAAGGACCAAUGAAAUAAUGCAAUGCAAUUAUAUAAAUGCAAUAUUAUUGAAAAACGUAUGAAAGUGAUUCAUACAUUGUUUUCUUAAAAUGUAAAGUACGUAUCAAGAUAGUAUUUUGUAAACGUUCACUACAUAAAUCAAAGAUUAAAAAUUUCCAAGAUUGAAAAAGAAUAGUUUAUCAUAUCGUUAUAAAUAGUUAAAUUUCUUCAAGCUUCUUAAUAUCGUAUGAUCUACGCGAAAGAAGAAAUAACGAUGAAAGGAAUAUUAUCCAGACUCUUAGAAUUUCCUUUAUGUAACAUAAUAUAGAAUUCGAUAAUAGGUUAACACGAUAAUGUUAAUUAAGCGUUGUUGUAAGCAAGUAACGUUUCAUUUUGUUGAGUGUAAAAAAGGUUUGAAGCGAACCUUAAACACGUUUAAGAUAUUUUGAUGAACUCGUACAGGUUUCUAAAUGGAGUGUCCCAAGAUGACACUGUUCCUUAUCGCAGUUUUUAAAUUAUUGUAGAUACCAUUAAUUGUAUGCCAUGCUUAGGGUUACGUAUCAUCGAACGAAAUUUCGAGAGAUAGUAUUUUAAGUAGAAAAUAACGAAUACGUGUUCCUUAUCUUUCGAAGCCACUCUGAAUGUGGAUGGAACUUAACCUAAAAAAGAGUAUUCGUCGUUCGUAGAUUACAAUAUUAUUAUUUAUCCUAUUAGAGGAGCUUAAAAACCAAACGAAUAGAUAAUUUCUAUUCUUGUCAACUAUUUUGUAAUAGAUAAUACGCAUUAUCAUCCUUUUUGUAUUAGAUUUUUUAAUCGUUAUCAAUUUUCUAUGGGCAAAUAUCUGAUCAACUCAUCGAUACUAUUUACGUGUAUACCGAGCGUCCUACGGAACAAGACAAAACGAAAAUAGAAUAAAAAAUUCAUUUAGAAAAAUUGUACGAUAUCAUUCGAUGCAUGUGUCUUCUUGCAGUAGGACGCUCUGUAUAAUAAAGUGUCAGAAUUAAUUCAUAAACGUUCUCGUCGCGGCGAAAUGUCGAUUUGUACAGAAAACACCGAAUAAAAGAAUACCAAGAUUUUCGCUCAAAACGCGAGGAAAGAUGGAACGGUCCCUCGAGAUCGAUUCCCUGUAGAUUUAUUUCCUUUCUUCGCGUUGUCUGUGAUCAACCAUGUAUAAAAGUGAAAACAAAAUGAAAAAAGAGGAACAAGAAAGUCGUCCAAGCGUUUGUCGACUUUUCUUAAGCUUCGCUCUAUCCCUGAUCCUUCUUAGAGGAAAUUAAACGGUGAAAGAAGGGAAUAGAAAGAGGAAAACUGAGAAAGACGUAGAGAGAAAGAGAGAGAGAGAGGAAAAACGACUUUAAGACUUUAUGUAAAAAGAAAAAAAAAUUCAAUUCGUGAAAAUAGAAAAUGUGCCUCAAACAGACGAUUUAUAAGGCGUGUGUGAAUAUGGUGUACACGCGUUUCAAUUUUUUUUUUUUCUUUUUUGUGGAAAGGAACAGAGGGAUCUUAGUUUACUUCAGAUGAAACAGCAGGUUAAGAGAGGUUAGGAAUGAUAGAGGCGCGUGUAUUCUCUAUUUAUUGUAUCGACGCAAAAGUAAACGUAUUGUGUUGUACGCGUCGAUUAUUAUUAUUAAUUAUAUACAUAAUAUAUAUAUGAGAAAAGAUAUACACACAGACUCAAAUCUAAACGGUUCUGUUUACACUAGCAUAUAUUAUAUCGGAUACAUGCUAUUCUUGUACAUUAAUUUUUAGCCUUGAAUCUUUAUAAGAAAAAUAUUAUAUACAAGAGGAAAAAAAAAUAUAUAUAUAUACACUUAUACACACGUGGUACACACAAAAUCAUAUACCGGUGUACAUUCUACAUAGUGUUGAAAGAUAGGGUUGAUCGAAGUCAUUGAGUAUUGCAAUGAUUACUGAUACAAUGUAUCGAUUACAUUACGAUUCCUUCGUUUUGUACGAAUGUGUUUUACGUAUUAUUACUUUCAUAGAUUUUUUUUCCUCUUCCUUUCGAAUGAUAAAAUGAUCGUGUGUAUUAUAAAAGGUAUAUUAACGAAUAGAUCAUCGAAUUAUUUGUAAUGAUAUAGACGAGUUGGAGGGAAUUGUACUUUGUUAGAAAAUGUUGAAAUUGAAGGUAGUUGUGAUUUAUUUUCGUAGUCUUCGAUACUGUUUCAUGUGAUUUCACUUCUUGCUGCUUUAGAAAUUCAUUGUAUAAAAAAUUUAUUUAGAUUUUUUUGAAAGACACGUAUUUUUUUUUACAGAUAAUUUACAGAAAUAAAUGUUUCGUUCUUUUAGUUGAUUCGUCGUAGCAAGAGGUGAGAAUAAGUAUCAUCGAGGCACGAAAUAAAUUUAAUUCUUUCAUGCGUGACGAUAGUUCGUUAGUUUUCACUGUUUUUAUUACAAAUUACAAUUGGUUAUGCGGUGACUCAUGGAUAUGUUCGAGACCAGACAUUUUUAAAUUUAAUUCUAUAAGAGUAAAACUCCAGACAGACGAUUCUAAAAAAUGAGACGUGCAAUACAGUUUUUACGUGUGAAUUUUCUCUUUUUGAGAAAUUUCAAUCUGAAAAUUCAUGGGAACCCCAUUUAGAGUAGUGUUAUUUAAAAAUAAUAUGUAUAUUUGUGAUUUGAUGAUGUUUCCAAAAGUUAGUGUAGAAGCUCGUAAAGUCUCGUAUAGGAAGGGGGUCCGCUUACUUUAUUUAUUCAUUCUAUGACGCGGGAUCAUUUGGUAAUACUUUUUAAUAUUGCUAUUUAUAGUUUUAUCUUUUAUACUUAAAAAUUUAUAACCCGAUAUCUUCCAAACUUGUUGCAUCUGCAUCUUCCAUACCAAAAUGACGUUUAACACUUUAAGUAACUUCCAUCCAUUAGUUUAAUGUAGAGAGUAAACUUUAAUUUGUGAUUAGUUUAAUAAAGAUACGAACAGAUCUGCGAGUCACGAUGUAUUGUCUUAGUGUGUAAGCUGAAAGAGGAAAGAAGGGUGUUGACUGCUGUGAAGAAAAAGUGCAACGUUAAAGAAAUAAUAAUAAAAAAAUAAAAAUAAGAAACGAGAUAGGUGAAAAAGAAAAAAUAGACUGAAAAUGGUUGUACACGGACUCAGGGAACAGAGAGACACAACCAAGGACAUAAAUUCUUUAAAAAGGAAAAAAAAAUCGAUUAUGAAAAGGAUGAGAGCGUUCCACGUGGAUGGAGAAACGCGUGCUUCUACCAAAGACGACCGAAGUAAAAUCGCUCUGCAAAGACCAAAAAAUCAAGGAAAAGUCAUAAAAAAAUCAACAAAAGAUAUAAAGAUGAAUAGAAAAAAUUUAAUCUUUUCAAAAUAUCGUGAGGCGUGUAAAUUUUUGCUGAAUCGUGUGUGAUUUUCCAGCCGUAACAGUUAAACGUAAUAAAUAAAUAAAAGAAGUUAAAGAAGAAACAGAGGGAAAGAAAGAAUUAUUUGAAUAAGAAAUGCAUAGAUAUAUAAAGAAUUAUUAUAUAUAUAUAUUAUAUAUAUUUAAUAUAAAAUGAUCAUAUUUCUUUAAUAAGAGGAUAUUUCUAUCUAGGGAUUAUACGAGUCAUUAUUGAGUCCUUAAUAAGUUGCAAUCAGUUGGAUCGUGUCGAGGAGAGUAACUGAUUUUUUCUAGAUACAUAUAUCACUGUUAUGUUAUUAAAAGCAAUUAACAGAAAGAGACGAGGAAGAUAAAAAGUAAAAAAGUAAAGAAUUUGUAAAAAUAUGUAUAUUUGUACAGGGCGUCAAAAGAGUCUAGUGCGCAUUCUUUUUGAUAAUUCGAAAUUGAUCAGAUCAUCUAUGUCAAUAUGUUCACGUUCGUUAGGUUUACGUCACGAUGUUCGUUGAAAUAAUAACUCAUGGCAUUUUUAUUUCAUUCGAACGAUGGUUAGUACACGCCUAGUAGAGUCCGUUUCUUUUUUUUUUUUUUUUUUUAUAUAUAUAUAUAUGUAUUAUGAUUUUCCGCGAGAAAAAGACCGAGAGAGUAUUCUUCGGCGGCAUGUGUUCUAUUGUUCGUUGUUUCGAUCGCGACUUUUCCUCUGUCCAUAGAUAAAGUUUGCGAUAGACUUUUCAGACAUCCUAUAUACAUAUAUUAUAUAUAAUUAUAGCUUCUAUUAUACGAUAAAGAGUGCUGUUCUGCUAUAAGUAUGUAAGAGAGACGAGGUACCUUUGUUACUACUGGUUGUUAAAUAUAUCAUAACAUAAUAUUUAUUUACAUAA